CUCCGCCUUCUCCAUCCGGGUGCUGCAGCACGGAUAAGAGCCGCACCGCGCCUGCGCGCCCAGCCCCACUCCUUCGACCUCUGCCGCCGCAGCAGCCGCCACCUCCCGGGAAGAGAGGAAGCGGGAGAGGAGCCCACGUCGCCUAUCACCCACAUCCUCCAACCCCGCCACCCCGAGGAGUCUAAGAUGUUCGCCUGCGCCAAGCUCGCCUGCACCCCCGCUCUGAUCCGAGCUGGAUCCAGAGUUACAUACAGACCAAUCUCUGUAUCAGUGUUAUCUCGACCAGAGACUAGACCUGGAGAGGGCUCUACAGUUUUUAAUGGGGCCCAGAAUGGUGAAUGUCAGCUAAUCCGAAGGGAGUUUCAGACCAGUGCAAUCAGCAGAGACAUUGAUACUGCUGCCAAAUUUAUUGGUGCAGGUGCUGCAACAGUAGGAGUGGCUGGUUCUGGUGCUGGUAUUGGAACAGUCUUUGGCAGCCUUAUCAUUGGUUAUGCCAGAAACCCUUCGCUGAAGCAGCAGCUGUUCUCGUAUGCUAUCCUGGGAUUUGCCUUGUCUGAAGCUAUGGGUCUCUUUUGUUUGAUGGUCGCUUUCUUGAUCUUGUUUGCCAUGUAACAAAUUACUGCUUGAAAUGUUGGCAUUCAUAGUAAUUAUGGAUGUAAUUCCGUGUAUUUUACUGUGACUCCGAAAACUGUAGUGUUGGUGUCAUGGAAAUGUACGUUAUUUCCAAAGUCAUUUCAUUAAAGAUGAAAACUUUAA